GCUGCUCGUAACAUUCUACUUGGUAUAGGUUACAUAGCCAAAGUUGGAGACUUUGGCUUGGCAAGAGAUAUUUACAAGUAUCAAGUUUACACGAAGAACACACCGGGAUUACUUCCUUUGAAGUGGAUGGCAAUUGAGUCAAUCAAGGAUUCUGUUUACACGGAGAAGUCUGAUAUGUGGUCGUUUGGAGUAGUUUUAUUUGAACUGUUUACCCUAGGUGGGACACCGUAUCCCGGCUUACAUGUCAGUGAAGUAUAUGCCCAUUUGCUUAACGGAAAUCGAAUGGUGCCACCCAUCAACUGUCCUGACAUCAUUGCUGAUUUGAUGAAGAAAUGUUGGAUUGAAAAUCCACAACUUCGUCCAACAUUUCAAGAAGCGAAAAAAAUGGUAGAAAAAAAUGUCCCGACAAUUUCAUCCAUUGAAAAAGUGAAGGAUUUGGAAAAUUAUGAACAAAAUCAGAACAUAUCGACAAAAAUGUCGCAGUCAGAAGCAGAAAUUAAAUUAUUAAAGAAAAUGAAGAGAUUCCAAUGGCUUAACCAAUGGUUCAAACCUUGA